AUGGGCAAGAAAGACGGGGGCUUGAGGCCGUGUAUCGAUUAUCGCACGCUGAACUCCCAGACGGUAAAGCUGCCAUACCCACUUCCCCUGGUCCCAGCCGCCCUCGAGGAACUCCGUGGAGCCCGCAUCUUCACCAAAGUUGACCUGCGGAGCGCGUACAACCUCGUUCGUAUCCGGGAAGGCGACGAGUGGAAGACUGCAUUCAUAACUCCAGCAGGCCACUAUGAAUAUCGGGUCAUGCCCUAUGGCCUAGCUAACUCACCCUCCGUCUUCCAAGGCUUUAUGAACAAGGUGUUCCAGGAGUUCCUUCACUGCUUCGUGAUCGUCUAUAUCGACGAUAUCCUCAUAUACUCCCGGAACCUGGCCGAACAUCGCCACCGCGUGAAGCAGGUCCUCUAG